ACACAAUUAAAAACAAAGGCUCAACAAUCAUGGGCUCACGGCCCACAUACACACUUAACCACCCAUUAUUGCGGCCCUAAAAAAUUUAAAGCUCUAAGCCCUCCUAAACCCUCCCUUGAACCCUAAUCUAAUAAAUCAUUCUCGUCUCACAGUUUUCUGAAUCGACCCCCUCAAAUCAAGAGAGCUUCCAUUUUCUUCUGUGCACCGAUGAAGCAUCUUAUUGGAUCAAAUCCAUGGACCAAUUCUGGCAUUUCUAGGGUUUUGAGAGUUCUCUCCUACUCCACUAAGACCCUGAGCCCCAAUACCUCCCCUUCAAAAGCACGCGACUCUCUGCACAUUCGCGCCUCUCGAACCGGAGAUCCUAAAGCCUCCAUCGUCCCAGUACUCAACCAAUGGCUCGAAGAAGGCAAACCCAUCAAGCAAUCGAUGCUUCAAACUCUUAUCCGUCAACUUCGAAGUUUCCGACGCUUCAAGCAUGCCCUCGAGGUAUCAGAGUAUAUGAGUGAAGAAAUGAACUAUGAUAUUUCAACUGGGGACAUGGCUGUAAGGCUGGAUUUAAUCUCAAAAGUGCACGGCGUGGCUCAAGCUGAGAAAUACUUGGAUAGUAUUCCUGUCACAAUGAGAACUUUCCAGGUAUAUGGUGCCCUUUUAAAUUGCUAUGCACACCACAAGUGUUUAGAAAAAGCAGAGGCCACCAUGCACAAUAUGAGGGAAUCUGGGUUUCCAAUUAAUGUAGUCUCCUACAAUGUAAUGUUAAAUCUCUACCGUAACCUAGGAAAGCAUGACAAGUUAGAUGACCUAAUGCAAGAGAUGAAAGAAAAGGGAAUUAAGCAUGACACAUUCACGAACAACAUUCGGCUGAAUGCUUAUGCAUCCUCUUCUGAUAUUGAGGGGAUGGAGAAAUUCCUGACCAAGAUGGAAAAUGAUGUUGAAAUCUCUUUUGAUUGGCAUGCUUAUGUUGUCGCAGCAAAUGCAUACUUGAAAGCCAGGUUAACCGAAAAGGCUUCACAAAUGUUGAAUAGAGCAGAGCAACUAGUCACUCCAGAAACAAGAAGGAAUGCUUAUGAAGUGUUCCUCACAAUAUAUACCAAUCUAGGAAGAAAAGAUGAUGUUUAUCGUAUAUGGAUAUUGUAUGGAAACUUAGGGAAAUUGCGUAACUCUGGCUAUUUGUGUAUGAUAAGCUCAUUGGUAAAGUUAGAUGAUUUGGAUGGUGCUGAGAAGAUUUUGGUAGAGUGGGAAUCUGGAUAUACGGUUUUUGAUUCUCGGAUUCCAAAUGUGAUGAUCGCUGCUUACUGCAAAAGGGGUUUUAUUGAAAAGGCUGAAGCAUAUAUAAGCAAUCUGAUAGAAAGGAGUGUCAUCAAAGAGCCUGAUGCAUUUAUAUUGAAUAGUCUUGCUACUGGAUAUCAAAUAGAUGGCCAGAUGGCAAAGGCAGUGGAAACCAUGAAGAAGGCAAUCUUGGCUAGCAUCUCUGGAUGGAAACCCAACAUUGUUACUUUGGCUGCUUGUCUUCGAUUUUUGAAAGGAGAGAAUAACAUAGAAGUAGCUGAAGAGCUAUUGCAAUUGCUUAGAGUCAGAGGUUAUUUCUCAAUUGAUGUUUAUGAUAAAUUAGUAAUGAACAUUAGGGACAGAAACCUUGAUGAAAGUGUCCUUGACCAGAUAAAGGGAGACGAGGAGACAGGGAGACUCUUCGUUGAAGAAAGUGCAAGUAGUCAUGGAGGUCAAAUUGAGGGUAGCAGCUGACCAAUAUGUCUAGUUGAACUGCCAAAAUGAUGAUGCAAUCAUUCUCCUGCAUCAAUUAUUUGUUAUACAUUUUGUUGGAUAAUCAGACUCUGUAUUUUGAUUAUGCAUCCAAUCGCAAUUUCUGGUAGUUUGGGUAGGUUGCCUAAAUUCAACAAUUUUACAGAUAUUAUUUAAAAACGGUAGUGAUUUUCGGGAAUAUUUUUUUUGGCAUUUGAGGUUGCUUGUUAUUGAUCCCUGUUAUUGGAACUAAGAAUCCUAUACUCUACUAACAGCCCAUACAACUGUUGGCGUGAUUUUCAAGACUUUACCUUAUCGGUUGGUAACCCGAGUUGUUUUAUGAAAGGUGUCUGAUGUCAACUUGGCUCAUAGGACUCUGCUGCACCGUGAGACCAGCUCCUAGCCUGGUAGUAAGUCGGGGGUGCUACACCUGCUUGACCUAGGUUCCAUCUUGUUCAGCUCCACAUUUCCUUCAAAACUUAAGGAGCCAGUAGACACUGCCUUAU